CUUCUCCGCCUGUCCCGGGGCCGACGGGAGUACGGCCGAGGGGCUUCCCUCUUGUGUGCCCCGCGGCGCGGCUUGAGAGUCCGGUUUGAGCCGGUUUAACGGGCAGCGGGGGGGGGAAUUGUGCCCUACUGUACUGACUCUGAGGGAAAGCAGGGCAAAGCGUUCGACGUCCCUUUUCCUGCCAGCUCCUGCUGCAAGGGAAACGGUUCAGUUCUACUUGCUGUUUGGGUUUUGUGUGUGUGUGUGUGUGGUUCUUUAAUUUUGAUGUUUUGUUUUCUGUGGUGCAUAGCUGUCUCUUUUACAGAAAACGCAGGGAAGCUUAAUUAUUUUGGAGUACCUGACUUUAGCUUGUGGCAGGCGCUGCUGGGGAUUGGAACUCGGUGGUUCUGAGAUUGUGGUCUGGGAAAUAACAGGGAUUUGUGUGCGAGCUUCCAGGUUGUUUUGGGGUUAUUUGUGUUACGGCUUCCACAAGUGCAGCAGCGCUGAGAAGCUCAGAGCAGGAACAGCUGGGCCUGGCUUUGGGGCUACUGUUAAAAUAAUAAAAAAAAAAAAAACCAAAACAAAAACAGACCUCUGAUUUGAGAGGAUAAAAAUACAGGUUGGCAUAUUGUUUUGAAGGGUCUAAAUGAGCUAGUGGGUUUUUGUUACCUUCUAUCCUGUGUUGUUGCACAGCGUGUGGUGCUUAAAUGGAGAAAGCCCGCAGCAAUGUAAAUCACUGUGCAGGUGUUCUUUAAGCCAGGUAUUUCCUAUCUAGUUAGAACUCAAUAAACACGUGGCAGGUUCUCAGCUUGGAAUGGAUGGGAAUGUUGCCCUGGAAUCAAGUGAUGCGGUGAAAUGGGGAGUUUAAAUUUUUUUCAUACCUGUUGAAUGAGGUAGAUCUGUAUUUUAAAAAAAGGGUAAUUGGUUUGUCGCAGAAAUAUUUAGGUUGGAAAAGACUUUCAAGACGAAGAGAUAAAGGGCAACUGUUAACUCAGGACUGCUAAGUCACCUCUAUGGUUGAUUUCCUGUGUGUGUUCAUGAAAUUGUCAGAAUGGGGCCACACAGCCAGUGGUUGCUUCUGCUGGAUUCAUCAUGAUAACUCCAGCUUUUGAACUUACCCAGGAUCCGGAUUUUCUUACAAUAAUAAUCAAAGUACCUUAUGCCAGACCUUCAGAGUUUGAUGUGUAUGUUGAAGGGGAAGAUUUUAAAUUUCAUGUUAAACCAUACUUUCUCAGAUUGACACUUCCUGGAAGAGUUGUAGAAGAUGGCAGAGAAAAAGCAUCUUACAAUACAGACAAAGGAAUUUUUACACUUCGGUUACCUAAGGAGAUUCCUGGUCAAUAUUUUGAGGGACUGGACAUGCUGACAUCUCUUUUAGCACCAAAGAAAUUAAGAACAGCAAAACAUUUAGUGGAAGAGAUAGGUGCCUCUGCCGAGUUGUCUGAGGAGGAAGAGGAGGAAGAAGAAUUUGACUGGGAAAUAGAGCAGACACCUUACAAAGCAAGCACAGAAAACACUCUACUAGUACAGUACUGUUACGGAUUUGGGAAUAUGCGGUCAGGGGUGUUCCAGCGUCUGCAGGAUGAAUUCAGUGAUGUUGUUGACAUUAAGCAUCCAGACCAGACUCCUGUAGAUGAACGCAGGAAGAAACGCCUGGCAGCUGAGGCUGCCAAGUUUGACUCUGAUCAUUACUUAGCUGAUUUGUUUGAAGAUGAAGCUAUUCAGCAUGUUUUAAAGUACAAACCAUGGUGGGUUGAUGCUCAUAAAAAAAUGACAGCCUUGCAGGGAGAAAGUCAUCAGGAGCAUAACACUGAUAAAUUUGUUGUCUUGUCUGAGGAAGAGAGAGAGCAGCUGAGAAGAUUCACAAAUAAAUCUUAUCUUCUGGAUAAAAGAAGUCGUUACCUUGUAUAUCUUGGUUUAAUCGAUAUCCUUCUGGCGUAUUGCUAUGAAGUCUAUGUCAAUGAAGGAGAAAAGAAUGUUGAAUCGGCUUGGAAUGUCAGGAAGCUGAGUGCAACACUGUGCUGGCUGGAGAGUUUCACUAGUGUUCAUGAUGUCCUGGUAUCUUUUGGAAGAAGAGUGCUGUGCUAUCCCCUAUACAGACAUUUUGGAUUAGUGACACGUGCCUUCAAUGAUACAGUCAUGAUACUGCAACUAGAGCUGGCCGUGGAUCAGCAAGAUGCUGAAAAAGCACAAGCAAGCCUCAAGAAAAGAGAAUGUGUGCCCAUUUCAACUGAUAGUGGAGAAGACAACACUAUCCUGAGUAUGAGCUGUGACAUUCUCCAAGUGCUGCCUGGGAAGCAGACACAAGUGCGCUGCUUCCUUCAUGUGGUUAUAAAUAUGUUGGGAGGGACUUCGCAAGUUAGUAGUUUGGUGAUAAAAGUAACUGUGAUUAACUUCUGAAAGUUCUGGGGUUUGUGUAUCAAACUAGUAUUUACUAUUAUGGUGCAUGUAUAGUGUGAAAAAUUUUAAGCUUUUUAAGUAGCCAACUACCAAAGAACUAAGAUACAGAGUGGAUGUAUUGGCUGUUUAUAAUCAGAAGUGGGUGGGGGGAAGUGUGUGUGUAUAUAUAGUCUUAAAAGAAGUAAUUUUUAGAUUUCUUAGAUAAUCUUUGUACUGCCAAGGCACACCUGUUCAGUCAAAAUGUUUCCUCCUUCAAACUUCAAUGGAAGUUGAGCCAUGCUUUUGAGGAAUUUUUUUUUACAGAAUACUUAGCAAACUAUUCAAUGUGCAAAGCUAGCAGUUAUAGAUAGCAUUAAAUACUGUUACCCUCUUUGUUUUCUGGAAAUGAUGCCUCACCAAUUUGGCACUGUAUUGUGAUAUGUGUGAUGAACAUAGGUAAAAAUGACUGAAGUAACAUACAAUAAUUCAAUUAAGUAGUAACACAACUUCCUUUUCAGGUAGACGCAACAGGAAUGGUGUUUAACUUAAGGGAUCAGUUUGAGUUGACCUUAUCCUGACUUGAGGUUUCUUUCAGGAUGCUGGUAGAGGAAGCUGGGACAUAGUAUAAUACAAAGUUUUGAUAAUAAUAAUAAGCUAAGUAAAUUAUUUAAAAAUAGAAAAGAAUUCUGAUGGGACUGAGAUGUUAUGCCUCAGGCUGUGUGACUUGACUUUUAAAAUACUAGUGUUAUGUUGGUGGAUCAUUUCCAAGGUAGAGGAUAGUGCAUUCUUAAGCUAUUAAGGAUCCUUGCAUGUGAUUUAAACACUUUUUAUUUUGAAUUAAGAUUUCCUGCCAAAGCAUUAAUUGUAAAACAGAUGCAUUAAGCUGAUUAAUGUUGAGGUCCUCAGCAGAUACUUUUUUUCUGAUGCUGUUUUAGUGAUCUAUAAUACUUAACUAUGCUGAAUUGUGAACUAUUUUAUCUGCUGUAUUUAUCUGUUCUUGGAUAGGAUUAAAAAAGGGAAUAAAAUGCGUUGGUGCAUCCAGCUACAAUGCUAUCUCCAACAUAAUGUGUAUACUGCAUGUGACAGUUGACUAACAAAUAUCUGAGGUGUGUUUAUGUGAAAACGUGUAGCCCUUUUUCUUUUCAGUAGACCGUAAUAUGCCAGUGGUGUGGGCUGGUUCUGUCAGUAUUUACUCAAAACUGUUUUACCUUUGCGUAAUACUGAUUUGAAAGUUACUGUCUAUGAGCUAAUAAUAAAGAGAAUUUAUUUGUGCUCUUUGCUGCAACAUAAAACAUACUUUGCUUCUUUCCAUACAGAAGUUAACAGUAACAGAUUUAGGAUUAUAUUACCCAUUAAAACCAGAUAGUACUGUUGCCUAGCUGUGUAAGUUGUUACCAGGGUGUUUUCAUUUAAAAGUCCGCAAGAGCUCUUUUCUUGUUUUUAAGAAUGCUACUUUUUUCUUUUUAUUUUUUUUUAAUGGGACAGUAAAGUUCAGUUUGUCUUUUUAGUUGAAUGUUCCUCCUUCUUGAAAACGUGGAAGAACGUGCUGAAGUCUGCAGGAAAAAUAACUUCAUGUGAAAUAAAAUGAUCGGACUGUUAAUUUCCUUUGCUUCCAAAUACUCAGUAUGAAAGCUGGUAGAAUUUCAUGAUGGUGUAUCAGUAGGUUCUUCUAUCAAAUGGCAGAUCCAGAACUGGGGUCAAAUUACAUGUUUGUUUGAACUAAUCUGUAGGAGGAGGACUGGCUGUGUGAAACUGGAAUUGAAGUUGCAGGCUCUUCUCUACCAGCUGUCAUAGCAAUGAACUCCAGAAGAAUCCAAUGUUCUGUGGACAUACGUAUUACUCUUCUGUGAUAUUUGCCUUCUUUGCUUGGUUUCUCUGCUGCUUUUCCUCUGAAGUUACAACUCAUCCUCUCCCCAACAGCAGUGUAAUCAUUUUUUAAUGGCAGGAAAAGAAAUUCACAUUUUUCCCAGAAAAACAAUGGGUUAGUACA